GCACAUCUUCAUCCGAGCAUCCAUUCCACAACUGCGUCCCAUCGUCUGCGCACCGCCGACACCGGGCGCCUGUUCAUCCAACGCGUUGCUCCUUAUUCUUUAUAUAUAUUUUUUACUUAAGGGUGCCUCGGCUCGGAUUAUUUUUUUCUUUGUUGCAUUUAUUUGUCCUCGGAGAUGGUUUGGUGUUUUUAAUCGCGUCCUGCAGGGACAAAAACACGCACGGGGACGCGCGGAGCAUCAUCGUCAUAGCGCACUUCAGCCGGGGGAUCUGCAGAGGCCAUCAGGCGAUGCAGACAGAGAGCUGAAAACCAGCAGAGACGGUUUGAGUGGAGGUGAUCGUUAUCGCCUCAGAGAGCCGUUCACAGGAUUGUUUUCUCCCCAGGCCCCUGCAGCGGCAGCCUGAAGGCCGGACCCCCAGCUCACAGAGGCGUAUAAAGGCUUCGAGCCCCUCCGGAUCUCCCCUGGCAGACCCUCUUCUGACCCAGUGCGGCUGAAGCCCCUGGACGCCUCCCCUCCCCCCCACAGUCACCAUGGGAACCGUGCUGUCUUUGUCACCCAGCUACCGAAAGGCGGCCCUCUUCGAGGAUGGACCGGCCACCGUGGGCCACUACAUGGCCGUCCAGAACAGCAAGAACGCCAAAGACAAGAACAUGAAGCGCCACUCGCUCAUCAACGUGCUCCCGUGGAAGCGGAUCGUCGCGGUGUCGGCCAAGAAGAAGAGCUCCAAGAAGUUGCAGCCCAACAGCUACCAGAACAAUAUCAACCAACUGAACAAUGAAAACCUGAAGAAGUCGCAGUCGUGCGCCAACCUGGCCACGUUCGCGCAGGAGCAGAGCACCCCGGCUCUCACCAAGGCCUCCAACAACAAGGUGUCGUCCGUGAAGAAGGCCCCCCUGACCAACUCCAACAUGGCCCCCGGGACCCCCAAGAGAGUGAUCGUCCAGGCCUCCACCAGCGAGCUGCUGCGCUGCCUCGGGGAGUUCCUGUGCCGGCGCUGCUACCGGCUGAAACACCUGUCCCCCACCGACCCGGUGCUGUGGCUGCGCAGCGUGGACCGCUCCCUGCUGCUCCAGGGCUGGCAGGACCAGGGCUUCAUCACGCCCGCCAACGUGGUCUUCGUCUACAUGCUGUGCCGGGACGUGGUCUCCUCCGAGGUGGCCACGGAGCACGAGCUGCAGGCCGUGCUGCUCACCUGCCUCUACCUGUCUUACUCCUACAUGGGCAACGAGAUCUCCUACCCUCUCAAGCCCUUCCUGGUGGAGAGCUCCAAGGAGACCUUCUGGGACCGCUGCCUGUCCAUCAUCAACCUGAUGAGCGCGAAGAUGCUCCAGAUCAACUCCGACCCGCACUACUUCACUCAGGUGUUCUCCGACCUGAAGAACGAGAGCCAGAAGGAGGAGGAGAGGAGCCGCCUGCUCAUCGGCCUGGACCGGUGA